UUCAUAUGAUGAGGCUUUUAUUAUGGCCAGUGAUCCCUUGGAAGGCUUUCAUGAAGUGAAUCUUGCUUCGCCCACUACUCCAGAUCUUCUUGGAGUAAAUGAGCCAGGGACUCAGGAACAAACUACCUCACCCAGUGUUAUCUACCGACCACAUCCUUCUGUUGUGUCCUCCACACCAAUCCAACCCAAUGCAUUAAAUGUUUCUGACCUUCCCACGCAACCUGUUUAUUCAUCUCCCAGACAACUGAAUUGUGGAGAAGCAUCAGGUGUCAGCAUCAAUGUUACCGACGCAGUACUUUGUUCUACCUCUGGACCCCAGGGUGGGUCACUCAGUCACAAUAAUUCCAGAAAGGAGAGCAAUAACACAGAGAGAGAGUUUUUGCAGGGUGCUACAGUAGCAGAUGUUGCUGAAGGAAAUGAAGAUAUUUUUGGGUUGAGCACAGACAGUUUAUCUCACUUACGGAGCCCAUCUGUACUGGAAGUAAGAGAAAAGGGCUAUGAAAGAUUGAAAGAAGAACUUGCAAAAGCUCAGAGGGAGCUGAAGUUAAAAGAUGAAGAAUGUGAAAGGCUUUCUAAAGUGCGAGAUCAACUUGGACAGGAAUUGGAAGAACUUACAGCUAGUCUGUUUGAGGAAGCACACAAAAUGGUUAAAGAAGCUAAUGUCAAACAAGCUGCAGCAGAAAAACAGUUAAAAGAAGCACAGGGAAAGGUGAGUNUCCUCCAGGCUGAAGUAGCAGCGUUGAAAACACUAGUGCUGUCUACUUCACCGACAUCUCCAACUAAGGAGUUUCAGUCUAGUGGAAAAACUCCUUUUAAGAAAGGCCAUGCAAGAAACAAGAGUACAAGCAGUGCUAUGGGUGGCAGUCAUCAGGACCUUACCAUGAUGCAGCCAAUUGUAAAAGACUGUAAAGAGGCUGACCUAUCUUUGUACAAUGAAUUCAGAUCUUGGAAGGAUGAGCCUACUAUGGACAGAACAUGUCCUUUCUUGGACAAAAUUUAUCGGGAAGAUAUUUUUCCAUGUCUAACCUUCUCAAAAAGUGAGUUGGCCUCAGCUGUUCUGGAAGCUGUUGAAAACAACACUCUGAGCAUUGAACCUGUUGGCUUGCAACCUGUUCGAUUUGUGAAAGCUUCUGCAGUCGAAUGUGGGGGACCAAAGAAAUGUGCUCUCAGUGGACAAAGCAAGUCAUGCAAGCAUAGAAUCAAAUUAGGAGAUUCAAGCAAUUAUUACUACAUUUCUCCUUUCUGUCGUUACAGAAUCACUUCUGUGUGUAACUUCUUUACAUAUAUUCGAUACAUCCAGCAAGGACUGUUGAAGCAGCAAGAUGUGGAUCAGAUGUUCUGGGAAGUUAUGCAGCUGAGGAGAGAGAUGUCACUAGCAAAACUUGGCUAUUACAAAGAAGAGCUCUAAAUCUUUUGCGCAUGCAUGAACUUCAUUGAAUAUACAUAACUAAAAUUGCUGAAUUUUUUUGUCACUUAAUAUUUAUUUCCACAAAGUGGGUCCAAGAUCUUUCUCCUUUUGCAGAUUGCACUAAGAAGUACUGUGAUUGUUUUAAACUGACCUAUGCUGUAUAUGCAUACAUAUAAUACUUAGUUGAACAAAUGUGGUAGGCACUUGCAGGUGUAUUAGUGAUUGUAAUUUAGAUUUAAAAACAAAAAUUCUGAUUAAAGUGUUAGUCUGAAGCA